CUGUUUUAUCUGUGUCUUCUCCGGCCUGAAUCAUCUAAAACUACACUUGAGCGCACGGCAGGUCAUCUAAAAAGCUGCGCCUUUAGUCUUCGUACAAUCAAACUACAAACUAAAAUAAGUAACCCCAGCAAACACUCAACAGAGACACAAACAGAUUUUAUCGAACUCUCCAUUUUUAAACAGUACUCAACUCCAAAAAGUUUUGAGUUAGUUUGAGUAUGCCUACUAUCACAAAGCUCUAUUCAAUGCCUGAAGUCUCUCAACAUAGCACCAAAAAUGAUUGCUGGAUUGUUAUUGAUGGAAAGGUAUAUGAUGUGAGUUCAUAUUUGGAUGAGCACCCAGGUGGAGAUGAUGUUGUCCUUGCUACAACUGGAAAAGAUGCAACCGAUGACUUUGAAGAUGCCGGUCACAGUGAUGAUGCAAAGAAUCUAAUGGAAAGCUUUUGCAUCGGCGAGCUUGAUUCAUCUGAUCUAGCAAUCCCAGAACUUGAAAUUUCGUCCAAGAAAGAAUCGUCUGAUUAUGCUCUGCAGGUCAAGGAAUUGACAAAGCAAUAUUGGACCGUUCCUGUAGCCAUUGUUGGCAUAUCUGUGGUGGCUAGCUUCUUGUAUUUGCGUAAGAAAUAGAGGAAGUGCAGUAUUUUUCACCUUGGUUUUGGCUGCUGAGAGGGGAAGUGUUGUCACAGUUUUGAAUAAUUAGGGGAAAUAGUUCCCAUCAUAUUUUUAUAAUGUCGGGAACUUUUAUUUAAAAGAAUUGGUAGAUAAACUGCAAGAUUUUGUUCCCAUCAUUGCAAGAGUUUAUACUUGAAAAAAGUUGGUGAUGAUUGGAUACACAGUUUUUGUUAAAUAUACCUAUUUUUCUUCUGAA